GCAUUUUCUUUAAUAUAUGGAAAAAUACAUAAGAAUGAAAAAAUAAUAGUCACAUUGUUCAUGAAUACGCUAGGCUGCAUAGUAACAGAGGAUUCAGUGUCCGUAAACCUUUCAAAGCUACAUGUGGUCAUCUACUGAUUAUUUUAUUGGUUACACAAACGUGUUGAAAUUUCUUCAACAUGGGCUCGCAGCUUCGUUAUAGUAGUCGGAGGAUGGUCGAUAUAGAAUCAGCUGCUCUUGGAAGUAGUGUUGAAAAACCAAUGUUCCGAAUCUAUGUUGCUGAAUCGAGGCGUUUAGAAACAUUUGCGAACUGGUCAGACAGUAUCUUAAUUGACAAAAAUGAUCUUGUCGAAGCAGGAUUUUUCUAUACGAAAAAUGGUGAUACAGUGAGAUGUUAUUUUUGCGGUGUUUGUUUGAACAACUGGGAGCCCGAUGACGUUCCAAUGGCAGAACAUGUCAGAUGGUCUCCAAAAUGUUAUCACGUCCUUCUAGCUAAAGGACAAAAGUACAUUGAUAAAAUAAUAAUGGGUGAUGAAAACGGAGACGUCAGCAAUGGCAAGGAAGCAGCUGGUGCAUGUGGAGGAACUGACAUUGUAGCUAAAGAUGCUUGUUUGGAAAUGGGCUUUUCUGGAAAAGAUAUAGAAAGAGCGGUUGCAGUUUAUAAGGAAGAACACGGUAACAGUGACGAUUACAAUACAGUACAGUUAUGUGAAACAUUAAUUAAUUUGAAUUCGGAUAGUUCUGACGAAGAAGAUUCUAUCUCUGAACAAAAUUGUGGUUCUCAAGAGGCUAAGGAUGAUACUGAGGACAAGGAAAAACGAUUAAUAGAUGAUCAACUGAGAGAAGAAUACUUGUGCAAAAUUUGUAUGGAUGAAAAGAUGAUCAUGGUAUUUAUACCUUGUGGCCACCUGAUUUCAUGUUUUCUUUGUGCAUCUGUUCUGUCCGUUUGUCCAGUAUGCAGACAAACUAUCACCUCAACUGUCAAAGUAGUUUUUUGAUGGUGAGAAAGCCCACAGUUCUAGCAGCCAUACGCCGGGACCUUCCUCUGAUGAUAACGCUUAGAUGGCCGAUGAUCACAUUGAUUCCGGAGAUGUAAAAGCAAGAGCACCAGCUUCGAUCUUUCAAUUGUAUAGAAUGAUCAAGGAAUUUGUAUAAAAAAGUGUUAACAUUCUAUGGUUAAAUCUUGAACUUUAAUGAUUCAUGCUCUAAGAGCAAAUUAAGACCUACUGUCACAAUAUUUAAGCUUGUGUUAAAAUCUUUGUUUAUACAUUUCUAUAAUUCCUUCGAGGCGUUGAAUUUGCAACAUCCCAGUACAAUUCAGCAGAGCAUUAUCAACUUGAAGUGAAAGAUGCAUAUGAUAUCAGUUAUGCUUGAUGAAAGGAAACAAAGACAGCGGGGCUGCUUUUGUCGAUAAUAUUAUCAUUGUAGACGAUGAAGUUUAUAAGGCUUCAUUCAAAAUGUU